ACAGUAGUGAUGAUCUGCUAUUGAUGGCGGUGGUGAUGGACAGAAUUAUUAUCAGCCCAGAGAAGAUGAAUAGAAGAAGCUGUGUGUCAGUUUUGCGAAGAGAGGGUCCUAGAAAUGGGAGAUUAGAAUUUCUCUAUUGGGUACCUUAAAACCAUCCAGAUUCGUUUUGAAUAAACGGGUUAAGACCCGAACUAACUCUUUCAGUGGGUCACAGUCUUCCCAUUUCCAUUAAAAUAAAAUGAAGUGUUUCACUUCAAUCCUAAAAUUCCCAACUUUUUCAAACAGAUUUUUUGAUUUUUUUUUUCUCAAUGGGUUUCUGCAAAUUUGUGUCUGUUAUUUUGAGUUUUACUACUUUGUUUAGUCUGCCAACAUCCAUUAAUUCAUUGAGCUCAGCUGAAUUAGCAGAGAUUCCAACCAAUUUGUUAAACCAUGCACAAAAACCAGAGCUUGCUAAGUGGAUUGUUGAUAUUAGACGGAAAAUUCAUGAGUACCCAGAACUUGGGUUUGAAGAAUUUGAAACAAGUAAGUUGAUUAGAGAAGAGCUGGAUAAAAUGGGUAUUGAUUACAAAUACCCAAUUGCUGUUACUGGUGUUAUAGGUUAUGUUGGUAGUGGUGAACGACCUUUCGUUGCUUUAAGAGCUGAUAUGGAUGCCCUCCCUAUGCAGGAGAUGGUGGAGUGGGACCACAAAAGUAAAAUCCCAGGUAAGAUGCAUGCUUGUGGGCCUGAUGCUCAUGUUGCAAUGCUCCUGGGUGCUGCAAAAAUCCUUCAAGAUCAUCGCCAGAAGUUAAAGGGAACUGUUGCCUUAAUUUUCCAACCUGCAGAAGAAGGAGCAGGGGGUUCAAAGAGAAUGAUAGAAGCUGGUGCACUGCAUAACAUCAAUUCUAUCUUCGCGUUGCAUGUGACUGCUAGUGUACGUGCAGGCUCUGUAUCCUCCAGGCCUGGCCCUAUCCUAGCUGGGUGCGGCAUUUUUGAAGCAGUCAUUAGUGGAAAGGGAGGUCAUGCAGCAAUCACACAGCAUACAAUUGACCCGAUAUUAGCUGCAUCGAAUAUAAUCCUUAGCCUGCAACAUAUUGUUUCGCGAGAAGCUGAUCCACUGGACUCGCAGGUAGUAACAGUUACAAAGUUCCACGGAGGUGAGGCAUUCAAUGUUAUCCCAGAUACAGUCACCAUUGGAGGUACUUUCAGAGCGCUUUCGAAAAAAAGACUUGUAAAGCUCAUGCACCGAAUCAAAGAGGUUAUCAUAGCACAAGCUUCAGUCAACAGAUGCAAUGCUACUAUCGACUUCUUCACAGAUGAUAGCCUUUACCCGGUAACUUAUAACAAUGAAGUGCUGCAUCAGCAUUUCAUAAACGUAGGAGGAGAUAUGUUAGGGGCCGAAAAAGUGCAAGACAUGAAACCAAUAAUGGGAUCAGAAGAUUUUUCAUUUUUCUCCAAUCUGAUUCCUGGACACUUUUUCUUUCUCGGGAUGAACAACGAAUCACUUGGAAAAUUCGAGACAGCACAUUCCCCUUACUUCACUUUCAAUGAAGAUGUACUUCCUUAUGGUGCAACAUUGCAUGCAUCAUUGGCUAAUAGAUAUCUACUUGAAUUCGAAGCGUUAUCUCAUCUCUUGGAAAAGAAUUUCCACGAUGAAUUGUACAAUUACUCUAUGUAAGAAUCUUUGUCUAAGAAUAGAAUAGUGCCAUUGACCGUAAAAACGAGCAAACU